AUGGCAGAGACGAAGAAGAAUCUGCAAUCUCUGGAUCAUCCAAUUCCCAUUGACAUGUUGUUCGAGAUCUUCUUAAACUUGCCCGCGAAAUCUUUAGCCAGGUUUGUUUGCGUAUCGAAGCUAUGGGCCAAAAUCAUCCGCAAUCAAGAUUUCAUCAGAUCCUUCUCGCUUCGAUCAUCCCUAAAGAAUAAGCAGCACCGCCUCCUCUUUGCUUUCAAAAACCAAAUAAAAGGUUAUCAAGAAAAUUGGUACUUUUUCUCCAAAUCAACUCAUGUUUCAACUCCACUAUUUGAGCCAAACUUACUGGUUUUACCGGACCGGUUCGCUGCCCGUUGGUAUGAUAAUCUUGCCCAAAACAUUAACGAAUUUGAAGCUCUAGUUGGGGAGGAACCACCUGAUUUUGAAUCAAGUACGGUGUGUCAUUUGAAGCAAAUGCGAUACCAAAAGCCUAGCUACGUCCAUGGGUUGAUUAGCUUUUUAUAUGGGAAAGAACAAAUCAUAUGUAAUCCUAGCAUAGGUAAGUCCAUAAACUUACCCACUUUGGAAUCCAGUGAAACGAUCAUUGGAAGCUUUUUAGGAUAUGAUCCAAUCCAUGCACAAUAUAAAGUAUUGUGUUUGACCAAUGUUACACCGUUUUGUCGACAUCAAGUCCUCACAUUGGGAGCUCAAAAUUGCUCAUGAAGAAUGAUCCAAUGCAGCAGUCCUCACUAUCCUGGAACCAUCUCUGUGUGCAUAGACGGUGUUUUAUAUUACAGUGCUUCUAGUAGUUUUACCAUGGAUGAACCAUUAUUCUUGGUGAGAUUUGGUUUGAGGUCUGAAAGUUUGGAAGUUGCUUCCAAAUUUCCCGAGGGCCUUGAAUCAUCAAAUCGAAUUACUUUGAUAAACUACCAUGGAAAAGUAGCUGUAGCUGAUGUCUCUGAAUACCGUUAUGGAGAUUUCAAGUUGUGGGUUUUAGAGGACGCCAAGAAACAACGAUGGUCGAAAGAACAACGGAUAUCUAUUCAUACAGGUGUUACUGGUAAAUUGCAUGAAGGUUUAGAAAUCUUGGGAACUUCUAAUAUGGGAGAGAUUAUCUUUGCACCUAACUAUUUUAAAGAGUUGGUUAUUUACUUUCUGGAUCACAAAAGCAACAAGGUUAGAAGUGUUGAGCUUGAAGGAAACACCAAGUAUAAGUUUAGAGAUUUUUAUAAAGUAUUUACUUUCUUGCAUUACGUAGAGAGUGUUAUGUUAAUUUAGAGAGAAUGAUUCAAACUGCUUCUGAUUGUUUCUUUUCAACUACAAGAUCUAGUUUAAGCUUUGUCUCUUGUUUUGUUGUUCUGUUCUUUGCUUUGAUUUUGAAUA